GGGUAGCAUCGGUUUUAUUACCGGGCGAUUUCCUUUAUGGGCUUGGUGUAUAAACUUUCAGUCCACCGCCGAAGAUAUUUCCCGCCUCUGCGGCAAAGCAAUGUUGAAGGCAAAAGGUCUGAGGAAGGCGGUUGUGCCGCCCGCUCUCAUCGGCGAUCCUUCUCCCGGGAAUCUCCAGCCCACUCGUCUCGCCCUCCAUGUUAGUCCAGAUGGUUCUUCCUGCUAUGUCUUCAUCGCUUCCGGUUCCCGCGUUUUUAAACUCCAGAUGUAUGUGUUCGUAAUAGAGUUGUAUCGUAAAACAAGGCCGUUUUGUUGUUGCUAAUUUCCAUGGAAGAAUCAUCAGUCGUCGAGGGAAAAGAUAGCUUACUGAUUCCUGUUCAGACAAAGGUUCUAGACUCUUUAUUGCUGAAUCGCUGUCCUCAUCGCUCAGAGAUCCAGAGCUUGGUCCUGGCUGAAGUUGAUAGUUCCAAUGACCUCUUACUGGGGACAGUUGACUCCUAUGGUCACCUCAUUGUUUCUAAGUUAGACGCCACUGGCAAAGAUGCAGACAGGGUUACGUAUUCUGUACUCCCUCAAAAUUCAGGUCUUGGUGAGGGCAGUUGGGCAGGAUUAUGCUUCAGUCCAAGUGAAAUGUUCACGGCAGCUGUUGCUCACAGCUUUGGCAGAACUGUUGAUAUUUAUGACCAGGAUGUCCAUGUUCAAACAUUACGCACACUCUGGUAUCCAACUGCAUUGAGCUUUAUUCAGAAUCUUUCUUCUGAGAAUGGAAGUUCUAUAUUAGCUGUCACCGAAGGUUGUCAGUUGACGAUAUGGGAUUUGAGAAUGAAAGAAAACGGUGGUUGUGUGCAAAGAAUCUGUGGCUCUGUAGGUGAUAACUUUUAUGCUGUCUGUACAUCCUCAAAUGGUAAUAUUGCAGUGGGUGGGGCUGAUCGAACUGUAACAAUCUAUGAUCCUCGAAGGUGGUCAGCAUUAACAAGAUGGGUUCACUGCUCGAAGUAUGAGAUUACGGGACUGGCUUUCUCAUCAAUUGACUCCGAUUACAUUUAUGUCCAGGGAGUUGACUAUGAGGUUUUUUGUGGUCAGUGGAAAGAAAGCAAGAAAGUGUUUUCAUUAAGAGGAGACUCAAAUUGGCUUGGGUUUAGUAAGAGCUGCAGGAGGGAUGUCUUAGGCGGAUGGUGUGAUUCAGGUAGCAUCUUCUUAACAGAUGUUGCCAAUGGGUUCGUCAAUGGCCUUUCCUGAGUCCAUCUUCUGCUGUCUUCUCUUAACGGUACUCUUCCUCCUGAUAUCAAUAAUUUUAAAUUAGUACUGAAGCAGCUAGUUAGGUUUUAGUCAAACAAUCCUUCGAUUUAUUUCCCAUCAGUAAUGCUUAUUAUUCAAUGCACUGUCUACUAGUACCGAUCCAGCAGUUUGCUUUAUACAUUGUUAGGUGAUUCUAGUACCCUUGCACAUGAGGUAAACCCUUACUCCACAUAUUAUUUAAGCAACCUCAUAAUAAUUAUUGUUACUGUAGAAA